AUGAAGGUACACUGGUUCCGUAGUACUAUAUUUCAGAUUCUCGUAGUUGGCGGGGUGUUUUUCUGUGUGACAUGGCAGGGAAUGUACAAUGCCCUAAGUUCAUUGGGUGCUGGUGGCCUCGCUACACCAUGGUAUGCCAAUGCUACGGCUGCUGCUGGAUAUGUGUUCAUGGCGGUCCUCUGUAUAGUUGGUGGUAUUAUUGUCAGUAAGAUCGGUGUUCGAUGGGCUCUUCUGGUGAGUGUCACUGGUGAUAUCAUUUACGCUGGAAGUCUUUAUCUCAACUCAAAGAACGGGACGCAAUGGUUCUUGAUGUUCGGAAAGUUCAUCUUGUUAUGUCUGUCCUGCUUUACUUACAAUUACACCGCAGGUUCCAUCAUUUCCGGGAUGACUGAUGGUCUCAUGUAUUCGGUAGAAGGUCCCAUUAUCACUUCAUACCCCGAGGAAGACAGACGAGGGCGUAUGCUCGGUCUAUGGGUGUUCAUGCGCAAUGCCGCGCCCGUCAUCGGUGGAGCUAUCAUCUUUGGACUAAAUUCCAGCAUCAACUCGACCGGUGCAGUUUCUUUGAAAACAUACCUUGUCAUUAUUGGUAUCAUGUGCGCUGGGCCGUUCAUCGCUCUUUUGCUGUCAAAUCCCGAGCAGGUACAGCGGAAGGACGGCGUUAAGAUUGCGCUAAGGAAAACUGGGUGGAUCCAAACUUUCACUGAAUGGUUCCGUGUCGUCUCCAACAAACAUAUGCUACUUUUGUGUCCGCUUUUCUUUACGUCAUGGUUCUACGGUUCAUACAUUAGUACUUUGCAAACACAGUACUUCAAUGUCCGAACCAGAGCUCUCUGCGCAUUUGUCAUCCCUUGGGGUGACAUUUCUGGAGGCUUCAUGAUCGGAUAUUUCCUCGACAGCAAGCGUUUUACUGUCAAACAACGAGCGCGGUGGAGUUUCAUUGCCUUGAUGGUCCUGAACUUGGCUCUCUGGUUAUGGGCAGCCAUCGUUACUAAACAAUUGGAAGACACAAAGCCCGAAAUUGAUUGGACUUCAGGGUCUUUCUUUGGCCGGACCUUUGCGUUGUUCCUACUUUUUGAUCUAGCCACUAUGGCGACACAGACCAGUUUGUACUGGAUUAUUUCACAUAUGUCUGGCGAUUUUCUAUCUCUCUCGUAUAUGACGGGAACCCUUCGAGGUGUUGAAUGCGCGGGCCAAGCCGUCGCAUAUGGUAUUAAGUCGAGUGACACAACUGAUUGGCUAUCCAUUGGACUUAACGUUGGACUGAUUGUUUUUUCGUUACCAUUUGCAUGGGCAGUCAUCCGUAAGGUUGGCGUUGCCGAAUUCAACAUUAUUCGGAUCGCUGAAACUCAGGAUCGGGAAUCAGUAGUAGACUCAAAGAGUUUGUCUGAUGAUGAAAAAGAUAAUGUAUGA